CAUGGAUACAACCAGCAGGAACAGGCGCUCAGGAGACACACUCACUAUGCUGGAGAGUGUUUGAAGCCGCGAUGGGAGUUAACACAUCCAAGUUUGUAGAGGUCCUGUCACCAGCGUCGUUGCACUAAACAAAGACUUUGGGUUUCUGUUUUUGUUUCUCUCUCUCUGAAAGGGGCUUGUCUGCAUUUUUGUCCGAGGCGUUUUUUUCUCUCUCACACAGGAUGUUGAUGAUAUUGGAAAGCCGGGUAAGAUCAUAAAGUCAGUUCUCUCUGAUGAGAACGACCUCCUCCUCCACCUCACCACCACCACACAAAGGGAACCACGGAACAAGUUGUUUUUUUUUCUCACGCCAUCAUUUUUCAUUUUUUUGAAUGUCACUAAGAAGCAGAGGGGGCUGUUUCAAAGACAAAAUGGAUCACUUUGCAGCAGAGUGCCUUGUUUCAAUGUCCAGUCGUGCAAUUGUUCACGCACCUAAAGGGAAUAGGGAGAUUAAACCAGAAAUCCCGUCCUCCUCCAAGAACGGAGAGGAAAUUAAAGAGCCUUUGGUGAAAGACAACUCCUCUCUUUUUGUGGUGGCGCGGAUUCUGGCGGAUUUUAACCAGCAGACUCCCAACAAUGUUGCCGAGCAGGCAAAAAUAAAGGAUGAGAGCAUGCCGAACCUCAUAGAUGAUGGAAACUCUGCCACACCUACCACCAUCUCCGAUCCUUCGCUCAAACAAAGAGGCAAAAGAUCGCGAGGUCGAACUGAGCAAGAAUCACCUCAGAAAAAGCACAAAUGCCACUAUUCAGGUUGUGAAAAAGUUUAUGGCAAAUCAUCCCACCUCAAAGCUCAUCUAAGGACACACACAGGAGAACGGCCUUUCCCAUGUACCUGGCCCGACUGCAGUAAGAAGUUCGCCCGCUCCGACGAGCUGGCCCGCCACUAUCGCACCCACACGGGGGAGAAGAAGUUCGGGUGCCCGCUUUGCGACAAGCGUUUCAUGCGCAGCGAUCACCUCAUGAAGCACGCCCGGCGCCACUCAGAUUUCCAGCCCGGCAUGCUGAAGAGGCCCCAUGGCGGCAGCGGCGGCAGCACCACACGUCCCAGCUCCCUCAGCGACUACAGCCGCUCGGAUGCCUCCAGCCCCACCCUCAGCCCCGCCCUCAGCCCAGCCAACUCGCCUUAAACUGAAACCCAGUCGCACUUUCUGCCUCUGACUUGCGAGGCCUCUGUUUUUGUCAUUACACUUGUGUUGCACAGUUGUCAGCAACCCCCCCUCCUUUGCUAUUCCUGCGCUUGCUGUGGUGUACCAUAUUGUACAUAACUGCUUAUUGUAGUGCAAUUACUUGUGUGAUCCUAAAAGAAGGUAAUGCCUUUCCCAGAUGGCAAUAUUUACAUUCUGUACCAUAUGUCUGUAUUUUUUUAGCUUCUGAUCAUGGCUAGUUGUCCAAUGUACGUUUGCAGUCAGCUAAACAAGGUUUAGAAGAAAAAAAACAGACACCCUGACAAGUCUUAUCAAAAAUGGGUUUUUUCGUUGUUGUUUUUUGAACAGGUGAGGAGAAGGGGUACACACACACACACACCUCAGGAUUGAAGACAGUUGCUAUUUCUGUAAUACCACAGUACUUCACAGUACUCUCAUUGACUGCACAAUAUACUCAUCACUUUACUCUGAAAUUCAACAGGGGUUGAAUUUUACGCCCUGCUCAGGGAUGGCCUUGUUAGCUUGAAAGAAUGAACAUGGUGAAGAGAAACAUACAGUGCAUAUAUAGCAGCCUUACACUCAACACAAUUUGCACUCUUUGUUUUUUUGUUGGUUUUCACGUUUUUUCGAGGAAACUAGCCCUACGGUCAACACGGUCAAACGUACGCAGAACUCAUGUGUUCUCGGGGGGUUCAUAUGUAAUGUAAUUGCUGUGUUUUAACAAUACGAUCCCCAAACCUCCACCUCAGUAAACAAAAUACACCUGCUCCUCCACCGCAGCAUUAAUAUUCGGUUGCCAAUACACUGGGUUAAAUGCGGCUUUCAUUAAACAGCGGUGUGCAGUGUAUACUUUGUAAAUCUGCAUUGCGGGAGGAUCAGGAUUAUAUUUGGGUUUUAUAAGUAUACUCUUUAAAUAGAGACAGUUUCAAAGCAGCUGUUCAUGCUUUUCUUUCUCAAAGCGCUGUAUCAUCAGCCAGUAUUUCACACAAAAUAGUCACAAAGGGACUUCAGUUGAAACAAUGUUUAUCCCUCUCUGAAGCACAUAGGAAAAAGUACCAAAGACAAGAGUGAAUGAAAGCUUUCUAUUCAGUCUUGUAAGCUGCCCUUCAUUGAGGCCUGGGGCCAGUGGUUGGCAGUAUCGCAGGUAGAACCAGACAGCCUGCUCACUUUCCUCCUCCUGGCUCUGCCUUUUGUGGCCUCCCUCGAGGAAACAGCUGCAUCCCACAAGAAGCUAUUCACAGCCCGCAGGAGGAGUGCUAACAUGCCAUUCCUGGGGAGUCCUCCCUCGCCCAUCUGGCUCUACCUGUCCUGUCUCUCCGACUCUGCCAAAUUGCAUAAGGUGGCCUAACUCGGGGGAGGUCAAACGCAGGCCAGAGAGUUGGGCCGAGCCGGGCUGAACUGUGACGUGGCGGAGCGCGGAGGGAACAAAGCGGCUAUCUGCUAUAGACAGGCAAGAGAAGGCAGGUCCUGAUAAAAGAGGAGAGGUUUAUCAUGAGCUGAGCAGCACAGAGGAGGAGACACCCAGUCGCAGACACCCCCCAUCUCCUCCUCUUUUCCCCAACUCCCUUCCUCCCUCCAACUGUAGAAACCGUGAGCGGAUAAAUGGCUGUAAUUAGCAGGUUGAUCCAACCUGUAGGAUAAGAGUAGAAAGAAGUGUAUGAACAACAGUACUACCUAGACGACUCUAGCAGCGUGGGUGGGAUGUACCCAGCUCCAUCCUAAGCACAGGGAGAAAUCCUCUAUGACUGCUGGGGGGUCAGAUUUCACAAUGCCAAGGAAAACGUCGCUCCAAAUUCCCACUGAUAGAUCCAGAGCUCUCAAACAGCUGCUUUCAAACUUCUCUCUCUGGCAACAGGGGGCGGGGGGGGCUUUUAAACUGUUGUAAAAACAUUUGAACCAAAACGAACAUAUCAGCAAAGUGCAGUGCUCACCAGCCUCACGUCGUCCUCCCUGUGAAGCUCAGAUGUCCCGUGAGAAAGCUGACUUGUGUUUCUAGACAGACAUGCCUCAAUAAGUCAGGCAAAAGGCACAGUAAACCUUCCAUGGAAGCGGGCACCACUAUCAAAACUGCUGCAGCCCCGCCAGUCUGUGUUAUGCCUACAUUUUCUUUUAAUGCUUCAGCACUAUACGGCCGGAAAUAGUCUCAUCCAUGUAUUUUGGUCCUGUCAGACCCCUCCAGACUGUUGUCAUCAUGAAUUGCAUGUGCUCGCUUCAUUCUACCGACCGCUCUCGCCCCUGCAGUCCCGUGCUUCACACUAUAUGCAUGUCAAUAACUGCGCCUUGGAAGCGCAGAGGGGUUUUUGAGGCGGUCUGGCAGGUGUAAGAUCAUGAAUGGCCGGCCUUGUCCCUCGUUCUGCACAGCAGCCAUCUCUCUUUAAAGUUGUGAAGAAUCAGCUCUGUCACAUCCUCCAGAAAGAAAACAUCCCUUAUUUAGAUCGAAUGCAGUAGUUUCCUCAAAACACCACAUGUUGAAGAAGAAAAAAAAAAACAACCCUCUGUAAGAUGUUAAAAUAGUUUCCAGGCUGCAAGAUGACACUUUGAAUGCCACUGAUCAGCAGCUCUUUGUGAAAGAAGCACUGAGAGGGUUUUACAUUUACCAUCUCUGGAAGGAAGAAAUUUCCACAAACAAACUCUUCAAAAAGCUGUUGAGCAGCUUUUUGCAGUGUCCAUCUAUCCUUUUUUUUUUUUUUUUGUUAUAGUCAGUUUUUGACUUUUUUGGUUUGUAGUGUAACAUUCUCUUGCAAAGGAACAUUUCUGAGUAGCUCACCCUCAAGCAGGUUUCACAAAUCACUUCUUAAUCCAUAAUCUGCACAUAUACCUCAGGGUCGACAUCCGCAAAGCAGAUACGGGACAGUUUGUGGAUUUUGUUGUAACAUCAGUUGCUGCACAGAAAUGUCUGCCAGCCUCCCCCCCCCUACCCCCACAUCGGUGUUCCUGGGUGCUUUGUGCUCACUGCUGGUCAGUGUCCGACCACACUGGAAACACAGGAACGCCUCCGUACAGGGCCCCAGCUCCUGCCUAUAAUGUCUUCAUUACACCCUACAGUCCUGCUAUGCGCCUUAGUAAGCACUGGGCACUCUGGAGCUCUUUUCAGUGAAACGCCCCUUUAAACACCUUUGACCCUUAGUGUCAGUGGACUUACAGUAGGCAACAGGAAGCUGAAAACAAAGCGACUGUGACAGUGUAAACAUCCCAGUCCAUCCAACCAGACUGCACCGCUGACAUAUAGGCCUCCACAGGCACGAGUGUCUCAUAACUUUUACUCUCACUGUACCAAAUCUACUUGAAUAAUUCAACACAAAAGGCCAUUGAACACAGUUUUGUACAUGUCCAUUUUUACUGUACUUGCUUUUGUUGUCAAAUAAUUAUUAACCUCUCUGGAGAAAGGUGUAUAGUCUGUUUGAUUUAUGUUGUUUGUUUUUCUAGAUUUUCCAUUGUCUUCAGGUCAUUUCAGCAACUCUUUCGAAUUUAUCACAGCAUUAAGGUUGACUGUUUUUGUCGGGCUGUUUAAAGGCACCAUAUUUUGUUUAUAGAAUGAUGAUUUUUAUCCCUGUUAACGGGGCUCACCCCUUUAAUUAGACACAUCUACUACUCUGUUGAUGUCAGGAUGCAGGUUAUUCCAGUUAGCCUGUCAUCCAAAAAGAUUUUCUCCAAGUCAGAAAAAGGAUUGUUCGGGGUGACGAUAAGAAAAGGAAACCUCCUGACCUCUAUGUUUGACGAUUUCAGACGAAGUGGCUAAUUUUCUUUAUUAUUUAGAUUCUUUUGAACGUUUUCCAUAAGAAUAGAGACCACGGCAUUGUGAGUUAGCAAUGUAGUCAUAAUUUUAUUAUUGCUUUUUUUUUCUGUCAUAUAAAAUGCUUGUAUAUUUCUCAAAAAUCAUACCUCUGGAAAUAUUUUUGACUUUUUGUUGUACCUUCAUAUCUUUUCAAGACAUCCAUCAUGUAGCUUACGUUUGCUUGAUGAGUAGCACAAAUAAUCAGUGGUUUUAUUUGUUUCUACUUGAAUGAAGAAGGCAAGAAAGACUUUUUUCUCUGUAAAAACAAACAAACAAAAAAAAAAAAACACUGGGCUACAUUUUUAUAUAAUCAUCCCAUGUCGUCAGGGUCCUGCACAUCCUUGUAGAUUCAAGAAGUAAUCUUUCCAGGAAAUAAUAAAACCUUUUUUUUUUUU